AUGCGGCAAUCAGACUACGAGACGAUAUCACCGCUAGAGCCGUGCAACAGCAAGGCGGCGCAAGAUUUUUGGGCUGAAAGGAGUAAUUCGUCUUGCCAUGACACCGGCCGACGUUAUUCGAGGCAGUUUGAAGACGAUGUCAGUUCUCUGAGUGCCACCUCAAUUGCCGAAGAGAGAAAGUUUUUCCAGAACGUCGCCGACAUGCCCGACGAGGGUCAUCGAAUUUGGAACCCUCGUCAUCGCGUUUCAUCGACGGUAUCAAUGGAAAAGGGACUCGAUGAGGUUCUUUCGAAGCCAAACUGGAGGCCAAAGUAUCUCCGACGACGAGUACUAGGGUUUGCCGUUUGCGUCUGCCUCUUACUGAUCACUGCCACACAAAUAUUGGUAGGAUACUCCGACAACCAUCACGGAUUGACAUCCAGCUACAAUGGGCUUCAUUAUCUUUGGACAUACGGGCCAACCCCUGUGUUGACUCUUAUUGGAGCGUUUUGGGCACGUAUUGACCACCAAGCCAAGAUUACAGCUCUUGGUUUCGCCUGGCCAGAGGACCAGCUGAUGUUGAGCGAACCUUGCUAUUGGACUAUAUCGGCUUAUUACCGCCUUUCUCUACAAUCAGUGCCAUACGCAACAAUGAUUGCGUCAAGUCUCGUAAACGCAGGCUCGCUUCCCUACUUCAACAUUCGUGGACUUCAGGAGAGCAACCUCAGCUAUCCGGAUGGGGUGUCGGAGAAAUACGCAUACCAGAGAUUCACUGGGCCAACUAUAUCCACGACUGCGGAACUACACGCAACAAUUGAUGAGUUCUCAAGUGACUGCGAACGGGCAACGUUAAACUUGGACCAGGUUCGCUGGCUUGACACCGGCAUUCCGUUGGCGAACUUUACGGCAGCCACCGGAGACUGUCAAGUUUACCCCCAUGGCUGGGGCCGCCAUAUCAUGAACUCGGCCAUGAUAUCUAUUUUUCCCGUCUUGCACCUGGAGCUUGCAAAACUUCUUUGCAAACCAACAUAUAACGUCACCAGGAUCGAUACGAUAAAGAAUGGGACAGACAUCUUGAAUCUUGUGGAGUCUUCGGUGCCGAAUACCAGGACCCUCCCCAAUGUCCACCCAUGGGAUAUCAUGGCGGCGCACAUACAUUCGGUGGCGAAUGUUUUGACCGACAAAUUUGUUGAUACCGCCACUGGAUUAGUAUGGAAAACCCAGAACGUCAACGCCUCGGAUGCUCCAAUUAACGUGGAUCCUUACAUGUACUUGGCUCUAGGCCAGCUCUCGAGACCGUCCCCUUCCUCGGCGACCCUACUGGAAUCUUCGUUCCUCGAAGACACUACAAACUCAUAUUAUCAGCAGCUCGCGGCUUUACUAGCCCAUAAAUUUCUUUCAGAACCCGUCUCCGCGGAGUCAACAGGAUUCGCCUUCCUCUUCGAAGAUCGAGUGGUCGUGAACGACACCGCGAGGCACGUGAUAACAUUUCUCUUCGCGCCGUCCAUUGUCCUUUUGCUGGCGAUUAUGCUGGCUAAACCGAAGAGUAACACUAUCCUCGAGCGUCUCAGGGACUUAGGAAGGGCUGAUCUGGAUGCGAUUCGUGCUAGGCUCGGAAACUCAGAGUAUAUGAUCCGAACUCAAAGCGACAAGUUGUCUCGGGAAGGGUUAUCAGAAAUAUCUGCGACGGAUAUUGCACCCGAAGAAUUCACUGCGUCGGACCGUAAGCUUCAGAACGCCCAUGUAACGCAUCCUUCGUCACUCACCCAUGGCCGAGACAACGAGGGCAUUACGGACCUUCCCCCAGGAGACAAAUAUCUCCAUUACGCUUGGACCACGGCCCCGGCCCUGAUCCUUACCGUCACAGGCCUGAUAUACGCAUCAAUGGAUACGAACAUCAGGAUUCUAACACCAUUCGCGAACUUGAGACAUGGAGGCAGUUUCAGAAAGUCCGCUGCGCUUGAUCCCAUGGAUGUAGGGAUACCACGAAUGUUGCUGAGAGAAUUUCGUACUGGGAGUUUGCCGGCCUUGAGCGGAACCUUGGUUGCGCUGGUUGCAUCGUUGCUCGCCACGUUCUCUUCAUCACUUUUCGUGGUGUCAAACAUUCCCGUCAGGAUAUCUGUGCAAUUGAAGACCGUUUCAUCUUUGAGAAACGACACACCCGCGUAUCACUCCGGUUCGGCGACUCUCGGCCUUGCUAGCUGCCUGAUCCUCGAAAGCAAUCAAAGCUAUCCAGCUUUCACUUACGAAAAUCUGGUAUUUCCUGAGCUUCUCCUAGAUCUCAACAGUACAGCCAACCAUUCCCUCAUCAUAAUGCCACAAUACCGGCGGCAAGAGCAAAAAUGGAUUGCAUCAUACGGCGUAGUGGCAAAGGCAUCCUAUCGGCCGUUCAUCAACAGCUGUAGCGACUUCUCAUACGUCUGGGCAGGCGUGACAUCGGGUACGGACCCGAGGUUGGAGGCCAAUACGGCGAUGACACGUCAUGAAUCUCUUGAGGUGGUUGAUGUUUCGGUCGUCUUUCUCGGAACGGAACUACGUGUCGACCCGGAGAACCCGCCGUAUGCCCUCGUAGAGUCCGUACGUACCAGCUCGGUAAAUAAUAGCCUCUACAAGAUCUCAGAGGUGUAUAGGACCCUACCCAAUGUCACAUCAGGGCUGCUUGACGAGUUUUUCUCUGCCCUGACGACGUCGCGAUACGCCAUUCCAGUCUCCUAUCUAAAGAUACAUCCAGAACACCGAAAAUUCGCAACGCCAUUCUGUUCCAACAUAGGAUCAUACGGGCUCAAGAACUCAACGAUUUUAAGCGAAAACAAGCCGAUAGCACCAACACAUUUAGCGUAG